AUGUCCAGUGCAGAGUACUGGGAAAGAGCCAUGGAUUAUGCAGUUUUGGGUCGAUGGUUGUCCUUGUACCAACUCGAAAGAGCUGAAUACGACUAUCGUACCUUCUAUAUCGACGAUCAUGGACCUGAAGUCAAAUUCAUGAGAACGGAUAAGGCACGGUUGUUCAGGGAGAGUAUGAUGGCUUGGGAUUUAAAGGGGAAGAUCUAUGAGCGACGUGCUGCUACUGCAGCUGAAGCAGUCGAGACUGAAGAAAGCAGCAUACUGAAAUCGCUCAUACCAGUUUCUGCCAUACCUCCAUCGCGGUUCAACGUAGAAGCCACCUUCGCGCCCCACGGUUUCAGAAACUCCAUCAUCGCAGACCAAGGAAUGGUGGAUCCCAGGGAAAAAUACGAUCACAUGUACUGGAGCUACCUCUGGAACAUCUUCUCCGGGGCCUACGAAUACGGAGGCUAUCGGCGGUUUGAAGCUACGCCUGUUUUCGCCUCUCAGUCCAACCCAGACCUAGCCACCGCACUCUUCGGGUCCAGCAACAUCGACUCCACUCCCUCCCUCUUCUCCUCAUUCAACGGCCUACUCCUACCAGACUACAUGGGAGCACGCUUCGACAGUGGUAUCAUGGCCAUUGUUCCCGAUAUCUCCUCCCCGACUUCCCCAUCUAAAAUCGCUACGUGGAAGAACACCACACCAAGAGAAUACAAACUCAAGAUCUUCACGCAGAACCGAGAGACCGAACAGACGGGUGGGCUGAUGCAAGAUAUCAAUUCCUUUACAAAUGCCCCACUGGCCGAGCAGGUCAUCAUCAGUAAUCAGAUGAACGGGAGGAGGGAUGAGUUAUAUGGCGAUGAGGAAGACGAGGAUAGCGAUGAACACGACUGCGACGACGAUUGGUGUCCCAUGAAGACGCCUUAUUAUAAACCGACUGAUAUAGCGAAUACGUCGUAUCGUUUGGACGAAUAG